AUGGAACGCAAAACUAUUUACGUUUGUAUUUUUGUAGGGAUCCUUGGAAUCGCAGCUGCAGUUGCUGGGUUUGCAGCCGAAGCCACAAGAGUUAAGAAAUCUCAGGCUACGGUGGUUAACGAUGGCAUUGAGAUCUAUUGCGAGUACCCAAGUAGUCCAGCCAUGGGCUUUGCUAUUGGGGCGACGGUGGCUCUUGUGCUUGCUCGUACAAUCAUCACAUCAGCCAGCGGUGGAUGUUGUUCAUGUUGCCGGACAAUCCCUGACUUAGCUAAACUUGCUCGAGUCUGUAUUGUUAUAUCAUGGAUUACAUCUUCUGUAGCUGUUAUCCUAUUUAUUGCUGGUGCGAAACUCAGCACUCAAAAAGAAGUGGCUAUGGACGUCAAUGGUGUGUUCUAUUGUGGCACGAUAAGGCCUGGGAUCUUCUCAGGAGCUGGUAUCAUGGGUCUCGUGGGUGUGCUUCUCUCUAUAGUGUAUUACCUCUUUUAUGUGUCGGCUGUAAGCGGCUCAGUCAAGACAUCAUCGGUAGAACUAGAGGCACCACCAAUUACUGACGUCAAUAAACCGCCGGUGUCAUCCAAUAAACCGCCGGUGGUAUCCCGAAAGCAUUAA